AUGUCUGGUCGCUUUACACUCUACGAUUUGCCCAGCAGGGAGCCCAAUCAGUGCUGGUCGCUGAACCCCUGGAAGACUCGCAUGCUCUUCAAUUUCAAGGGCUUCGACUAUACAACGCAAUGGGUUGAAUAUCCUGACAUCGCCCCAACCCUCAAGGGCCAUGUCCCUCCUAACCCCCAGGGAUGGGAGUACACCAUUCCCGCCGCUCAGUUCCCUGAUGGCCGAUACAUUAUGGAAUCCAAGGCAAUUGCGCUUCAGGUCGAAAAGGAGCAUCCUACCCCCUCCGCUCGCUUAGACUCACCGUCGCUGGCCGCUCUCGAAGAAACCAUCAAUGGCAAGCUCUUCGUGGCCUGCCGUGGCCUCAUCGUUGCCUCUGUUCCUAAGAACCUUCUUAACCCUGCCAGUGUCACUUACUGGAUGCCCAACCGUGAGAAAAUCUGCGGUAAGCCCGUUGACGAGUUUGCUGCUGAGCAUGGUGGACCCCAAGCCAUCCAGAACACUGGUGAGAUCUUUGGCUCGGUUGGCGAGCUGCUCAAGAAGAACGGUGGUCCUUUCUUUGACGGUGAGACUGUCGGCUAUGCUGACUUUGUUUGGGCUGGGGUGCUACUCUUCUUUAAGAGAAUUGACGAGAAGCUAUUCCAGGAUCUGCUAGCUGCUAGCGGUGAUGCCGAUGUGCACAACCGCUUGCUUGAUGCUUGCGCUCCCUGGUCUAAGCGAAACGACCACUAG